AUGCGUCCAUUGCACUAUGCUUCCUGGCAGGGGAAGGCUGACUCUGUACUUAUGCUGCUGAGAGCCGGAGCUUCUGUGAAUGGGGCUUCACAAGAUGGACAGAUCCCUCUCCACCUGGCUGCACAGUACGGACACUAUGAGGUGUCUGAAAUGCUACUACAACACCAGUCCAACCCCUGUACUGUCAACAAGGCAAAGAAGACACCUCUGGACCUGGCCUGUGAGUUUGGCAGACUCCAGGUGACCCAGCUGUUGUUGAGCAGUAACAUGGUGGUAGCUCUCUUAGAGGGGAACGGCAGGGAUAACACCCCCCUGCAUCUUGCUGCCCGCAACGGUCAUAAGGACAUCAUCAGACUGCUGCUAAAAGCUGGGAUUGACAUCAACAGAACCACUAAAUCUGGAACGGCUCUGCACGAGGCUGCCCUCUACGGGAAAACGGAAGUAGUAAAAUUAUUGCUUGAUGCUGGGAUUGAUGUGAACAUCCGCAACACCUACAAUCAAACAGCCUUGGACAUUGUGAACCAGCAAACUGUUUCUUUCUUUCUCUCUCAUUCUCAUUCUUUCAUGCAUUCAUUGUCCUGGCUUAUGACAUCAGAUGCCAGUGGAGCAUUACAGGUGAGAGCUUUGAAGGACUACUGGAAUCUUCAUGACCCCACUGCACUCAACAUCCGGGCAGGAGAUAUAAUCAUGGUCUUAGAGCAGCACAUGGAUGGACGUUGGAAAGGGCACAUCCAUGACAGUCAGAGAGAAACUGACCGUGUGGGAUUCUUCCCUCCCUCCAUCGUGGAAGUAAUCAGUCGCAGAUCAGGGGGCGUUCUCUCCCGGCAGGCCUCACUGCCCAUCCAGAGACAUCACAUUCUGUACAGAACCUUGCCCUCACAAAGUUUUCAUCACACCUCUCACACUGACGACUCCUACACCUUAUACUCAUCCACCCGUCCUGUACUGUCUCACCACAACGGGCGGGAUCAGCACCCAGGUGCGAUUCCCGACAGUCCCAGUGCCCUGUGUAAGCCAGCUAGUCCCAAAGAGCCAGAGGAUAUUUGGGUCCUCAGGACCUCUCUUAAUGAAGGUGACAGGAACAGUGUGGGCAGUGCAGGCAGCAUGGGCAGCAGUCGCAGUGCUGGCAGUGGACAGAGCACUGAGGGAAAUAAUGGACCCUAUCAGUCACCGUCUGCUGUCCAGGACACCACCAAGCUGCCUCCCUCUGCUGGAGAACUGGUGGAACAGUGCAGUCAGGCCCCUGACCCCGCAAAACAGACGGACCCUCAUUCAGGUGCUCUUGGACGGAGGAUUCCACUGAGCAGCUCCAGACCUGGAGAAUAUCAUGUCAUACACCCACAGAAACUUCUAGAUGGCAAGGAUGCUGAGGCUAUUUACCAGUGGCUCUGUGAGUUUCAGCUUGAGCAGUACACAUCUAAUUUCCUCACAGCUGGCUAUGAUGUGCCCACAAUCAGCAGAAUGACCCCUGAGGAUCUCACAGCUAUUGGUGUUACAAAGCCUGGCCACCGCAAGAAGAUCUCCACGGAGAUAGGCUACAUGAAUAUCCCUGAAUGGUUGCCAGAUUACAUUCCAUCUGAUAUUGGGAAGUGGCUCAGUGCUAUUGGGCUGCCACAAUACCAGAAAAAGCUAGCGGAGAAUGGUUAUGACUCCAUCAACAUAGUGCAGGAUAUCACAUGGGAGGAUCUACAGGAAAUUGGCAUCACUAAACUGGGCCAUCAGAAAAAGCUGAUGCUUGCUGUUAAGAAGCUGAGUGACGUCGAGAAGGCUCGUAAGAACCAGGCUGAAGGGCAGGCAUUGCUACAGCGCAGGAGACUUCCUCCUGCCCUCGAGCUGGUGGCCAUCGAGCAUCACGACAGCUCUGAAUGCCCCUCAUCACCUCUAUCACCAAAGAUGCUCACCUUCCAGGACAGUGAGCUGAGCAUUGAGCUACAGAACGCCAUGGCUCGCAGCGGAUACGGUGGAGGCCAAGAUGGUCUCGGAAACAUGAGUGGAACAGCCAUGCGUCUUAGUCAAGAAAGCAUUGGUACACGGUCAGGAGGGUCGGGACGGUCGCAAGAGCGUCCAAUGGCAUCGGUAUCCCCCAACAGCCGCUCACAAGAGAGCCUGGGCAGCAUGGACAACAGUCCCAUCAAGGAACAAUAUGCCAUUAGGGAAUCUCAGGAUAGAAGCCAAAUAUCACCUGUCAAAAUGGCGCCAGUGUUGCCGCUACAACCUCAUCAGCCCACAUCUGGCAGUCCAGCAAGGACGCCACCCAUAACCACUAGUAAAAUAGCAUGUUUUGCAUAUCCACCCGUCCUCACCAAACCUAGACCGGUGGUUUCUCCCUCUCAGCCCCAUCAUGGAUCACCUCUUCAGAGGGGCUUUAGCUACCUGCAGCAUCAAAACUGCAACGCCAACAUUGGAAGCCCAAGUCCAAUCAGAGCCAUGCAGCCAAAUGGGGAGACAUUGCGAUCCAAAAAAUGGACUCAGAGUCUUUCACGCUAUGCUAUGUCGGAUGGAGAGAAUGAAAAAGAUGACAUCUCAGCUCCUUCGAUAACUUCCACCAAUGUGGCAUCUUAUGCCACGCUUACUCGCAAACCCAGCCGCAGCCAACCGUCUUACAGUUCCAGUGAGCAUCAAGUGGGGCGCAGUCAUUCCUUCGCCAUACGUGCCAAGAGGAAAGGUCCUCCUCCUCCCCCUCCAAAGCGACUAAGCUCUGCCCCGAAUGGGGUCACUACAAGUGAGGUUGAAACGGAGAGCGCAGGAAGUGUCAGAAGCAUUGCAUCCAGGCUGGAGAACAGUACAGGAAGCCCCAACAAGACAUGCAACAGCCCUGUUUUUAAAGCCAUGUCCCCAGCCAUCUCACCAAAAAAUAUGGAAAACUGUAGGAGGACUACUAGUGAAUCUUCCGUGUAUGAAACGAAGCAUGGUGGAGAAAAUCCUGCUGGUAAAAACAUCAGCCCUCUGAGGAACCAACAAGGUUCAACAUCCUCACAGGAGAGCAUACCUUUCGCUGAAGAGGGCAAAGUUACCAUCAAACAAAGGACCAAAAUAGCAUCCUCUAAGAUAGAGUCUGAGACCGGUGUUGAAAUUCUGAAGCUGGCGCAAUCUAUCAGAUCAUCCCUAGAGGUGCCUGAGUUUAACUUAAAGGAAUCAGACACAGUCAAAAGGAGACACAAGCCAAAAGAACUGCAGAAAGGUCAGGGCACCAGCACAGAAAUAGGAAAUGAGAAGGCCACAGAGACCGAGAUGGUCUCACAAUGCAUGCAGAAUGGUGGAUUGACAAAAAAUCCUUUUAAAUCUGGCCUCUCUCUGAAACCAGGAUCUCCACAUAAACCUCCCACCCCUUCUAAGCCCACACGUCAUUCUUCUGCAGCAAACUCAGGACGGACAGUCAGUGUCGUACAGAGCGUGGCCUUUGCCGUCUCACCUCCAUGUAGUCCUCUGGCUCGCUGUACACUAAACAAAGCACCUCAAGGUCAGUCUGUACUGGCAGGAAAGUCACAGGCUGUGACGGAAGGCCAGCACAUGCUGGUCCACAAACGACUUGAGCAAACCAGCACGUCUCUCGAGGCGGCACUUAAAGUUGUGGAGAAGAAGUUGUCUCAGGAAGAUCCAGCAGACAGUGGCAUUAACACAGUGAAGUCAGCUGGGAACAUUCUUGAUGAUAUUGGGAACAUGUUCGAUGAUCUUGCUGACCAGCUGGAAGCCAUGUUGGAUUGACCUACUGUAAUUCCUAC